GAAUUAAUUUCUUUAUCACAAAUCUAUAAAAAGGUACUGCAGUGAUUUUUUUUGUAUUACGUUAUUGUAGUACGAACGGGUCAGCUCUAUACUUUAAUUUGCUCUGUAAUUUAAAGCAAAAUGUUCAUUGUUCGGUUAUUCUUAUUUAAAAGUUUAGUUGCUCUCAUCCUCGUUAACGGUACUGUUGUUGGCUUAGAAUGGACUGAAUACCAUAAUUUAGAUGAAAUCUACGAAUGGUUAAGUGACAUGGAAGCAAAAUUUUCCCCUUUGGUAACUGUCUACACGAUUGGUUACAGUUACGAAAAUCGUCCAAUUAAAGCCAUCAAAGUAUCCAGCCGACCUGGUAAUCAGGCCAUUUUUAUAGAAAGCAAUAUUCACGCCAUCGAAUGGAUUUCAUCAGCUGCUAGCACAUGCUUUCUUAAUAAUUUGUUACAUUCCAACGAUAAAAAUUUGGAAGAUUUAUUAUUGCGUUAUGAUUGGUUUUUAGUACCGGUUAUGAAUCCUGAUGGUUUUGCUUACUCCCAUGAAAUUAAUCGCUGGUGGCGCAAAAAUCGUAAGCCGACUGGUUUCUCAAACGAGACUGGACCUUGUUACGGCACCGAUUUGAAUCGUAAUUUCAAUUACGAAUGGAAGAAAAGUGGUUUCCCAUUAGAUGAUCCUUGCGAUCAUUGGUAUCAUGGAUCCGCACCCGACAGCGAACCUGAAAUAUUGGCCUUACAGAACUUCAUAAAUCAAUUCGAAGACAGCUACAUACGUUUAUAUUUGGCCAUACAUGCCUAUGGCAAUUUUGUUCUUUUACCUUAUGGUCAUACCAUUGAAAUAUUUCCGCCAAACUACGAUCAAAUGAUGCGCAUAGCUCAAGGUUUUGCUGAUGCGGCUGUAAUAAAAUAUAAUACUACUUUUAAAUGUGGAGCUUCGGGACUAUUAAAUCAUUCGGGCUAUGUAUCUGGUGACGCCAAAGACUGGAUUUACGGAGUGAAAAAUGUACCAUUUGCAGCCACCAUAGAAUUACGCGACAAUGGCGGAUAUGGCUUUCUUUUGCCAGCUGAUCAAAUUGCCGAAGUUUGUACUGAAUUAACCGACGGCAUGGUUGGUCUAAUUAAAGCUGCAGAGAUGGAAAGUUUGCUCACACCAAACAUUUAAUAUAAAGAUAAAGAACAAUGAAAAUAAAAUAUUAAUAUUAAUAGUUAUACGAAAUAGUGUUAAGCCUAGUAGUAGAGAUAAUUCCAAAUGUCAGUAUGGGUGAAUUGCUGUACAUUACUCGUAACUUCUUCAGUUAAGCUAUUUUGUAAAAGAAUGUCAAAGCAGUAUUAUAAAAUUUCCUGCUUACUCUUGAGGAAAUAAACUAAUUUUCACUGAAAGCAUUUCUUGAUAAGUAUCGAAAAGCCUUUGCAAGUUUUGUCUGUUGCUACCAACAACUUUUAUCUAUUCUUAGUGUGGCAACAUGUUUAACCCAUCAACGGUAGAUUUUUUA